AUAAGAUCUGCACCGGUGGCAUGGCAGCGUACAGUAAGAAAUGACUCCUUUAACUCAUUUAUCAGGUUUUCUGAGCGUUCAGCUUCACUUUAUGUUUGCUCCUCCUGUAUUCGGUGGAUCUGCUGUUAAAGCUGGUGUCAAAUGAGGAAAUUACAGUCAAUGUUUGCUUCCUUCUAAAUGUUUCAGUUGAUGCUUCAUAACCUCAUCUGAAGACACGAUGUCGGUCACUAAAGCGGCUGUUAAAGCUGUUCAUUUAGGUAGGAUCUCCUACCGCAGUGCCUUGAAGAUACAGCAGCAGCACAUAAAGCAGCAUCUGGAUUCGUCCAGUCACAUCCCAAACACGUUAUUACUGUGUGAACACGAGCCGGUGUACACCAUCGGACUCAGACAGGCUCCGUACCCUCCAGCAGAGGAGCAGAGACUGAAGGCUCUGGGCGCAGAGUUCUGCCGCACCAACAGAGGAGGACUCAUCACUUUCCAUGGGCCGGGACAGCUGGUCUGUUACCCCAUCCUCAACCUGGGCUGCUUUAAGAAGAGUGUGAGAUGGUACGUGUGUGAACUGGAAAGGACUGUGAUCAAGAUGUGCGGUAAAUUUGGGAUUCAAGCCUCCACUUCUCCGGAUACUGGAGUCUGGGUGGGAGACAACAAAAUUUGCGCAAUUGGCAUCCAUUGUGGAAGAUACAUCACUUCCCAUGGUUUGGCCCUGAACUGCAACACAGACAUGAGCUGGUUUGACAACAUAGUGCCGUGUGGGAUUGUGGGAAAAGGUGUGACCUCGCUGAGCCAAGAGCUGGAGCGGGAUGUCUCACCUGAGGAGGCCAUACCUAAACUACUAGAAGCCUUUACUGAACAAUUUAACUGCACUCUGACUUAUAAUGGUAGCUUGAGUUGAAACACUUAAUGACUGUUUCACUACAAAUGUUUUUAUUAUUAUUAAAAACAAAUGUUUAAA